CAGAAACUUGCUGUGUAUUUACCACGGGUUCUGCCAACCAACUCAAGAGAGGACUUGCCUAUUCUUUCAUUAGUCGAGCAUAACAUUAUCUUGAACUAAUUCAUCUCCACAUGGCCUUCUUCCUAGUGUCAGCUUAUCUUCUGCUGACUCAUGCUCAGGGUGCUCCUGUUGAGAAUGGGGCACUGUUGGAAACACUGAAGUCACAAGUAGGAUUAUUCAGCAAUAGAAGUGAACACUACUCAGCACAGGUGAGACCUCCUGGCACAAGUCGACAAAUACCUCAGACAAUCAUCAUAGGAGUUCGUAAAGGAGGGACAAGAGCUUUGCUGGAAAUGUUAGAUAUUCAUCCUAAUAUUGUGGUAGCAGCUACAGAAGUCCACUUUUUUGACUGGGAUGAAAAUUACAUGAAAGGAAUAGACUGGUAUAGAAGUCUGAUGCCAUUUUCUUAUGGAAAUCAAAUUACAAUUGAGAAAACACCAGGCUAUUUUACAUCACCACAGGCUCCGGAAAGAAUUCAUGACAUGAAUAGCUCCAUUAAACUGCUGCUCAUUCUAAGAGAUCCCACUGAGAGAGUUAUAUCUGAUUAUACCCAAGUAUAUUACAACAGAGUAGAAAGUCACAAGCCUGUUCAGCUUUUCGAAGAUAUUGUUAUCAAGAAUGGAGCACUUAAUACCAAAUACAAAGCUAUUCAGAGAAGCCUUUAUGAUGUUCAUAUGGAAAAGUGGCUUAAGCAUUUCAGUUUGGAUCAGAUCCACAUAGUGGAUGGCAAUACGUUAAUCAAGGACCCUCUUCCUGAAUUACAAAAAGUUGAAAGAUUUCUAAAUCUUCCUUCCCGGAUUAUGUCUUCUAAUUUUUAUUUUAACCAAACUAAGGGAUUCUACUGCAUUAGAAGUAAUGGAAGGGAGAGAUGUUUACAUGAAUCCAAAGGGCGUCCCCAUCCUCUUGUUAACAACACAGUUUUAGAGCAACUGUAUUCUUACUUCAGAGAGCACAAUGCAAAAUUUUACAGAAUGGUUAAUCAUGCCUUUGACUGGCAUUAA